UGUGUGUGUGUGUGUGUGUGUGUGUGUAUAUAUGAAAGGAAAUUUCAGGGAGGGGGGUAUCUAAAAUGAGUGAUUUAUUAAUAUGUAUGUGGAUUUGCUCUGUACUAUUAUUUUCUUGUUUCUCUUUUUUCCCCACUUUAUUGCCAUUUCUAUUUGUUAAACAUGUAAUGUCAGUUAUUUGGCAGUACUGUAAUUGCUGUAACGGUCAUGUCAAUAAAACUGAAUUGAACUGAAUUGAAUUGAACAGUACAGUCAUUUGUAAUACUGUAGAUAUUUGUUCCGAGCACACUGUGGAACUUCAGUUAUAACGUGUUUCUAGUCGGACGCUUAGCGGUGUGGCACAGGACUUUCACGUGGGACACAGUGCAAGUUAGAGCUCAUUGAAAUUUCGUUACAUUGAUUUACUUCAGUGACCUCGUUAUCCAAAGGAAUGCCUAAAAAAGGCAAAUCGUCAGUAAAAUGUCCUGAGCAGAAGAAAGAGGACAUGGAAGUGCCUGCUAAACACAGAAAGAUGGACACCACCAGCCCUGCAUCUCCACUGUGCUUUGACUCUCCAGCCAGCUUAUUCCAGAGUCUGAUCGCACCCACGACUGUGGACGAGUUUUUCCGUGAGCACUGGGAGAAGAAACCAUUGCUGCUGCAGAGAUCAGACCCAGCACUCGCGUCUUACUACCGGUCCCUCUUUCAGCUGUCAGAUCUUAAACAGCUGUGCGCCCAGGGCCUGGAGUACGCCAGAGAUCUUAACAUGGUACGCUGUGUAAACGGUGACAAGGCAGUGAUGAAUAACGAGGGCCAUGUGAAAUACAGCCAGCUGAGAAAGGAUUUUAAUCAGAAGAAAGCCACUAUCCAGUUCCACCAGCCACAGAGGUUUAAGGAUGAGUUGUGGCAUAUUCAGGAGCGUCUGGAGUGUUUCUUCGGGGCGCUGGUUGGAUCCAACGUCUACAUCACACCCGAAGAUUCUCAGGGUCUUCCGCCUCACUAUGAUGAUGUGGAGGUGUUUAUUCUGCAGUUGGAGGGUCAGAAGCACUGGCGCCUGUACGAGCCGACCGUCCCACUGGCUCGCGAAUACAGCACAGAGCCUGAGGAGCGCAUCGGAAAGCCCACUCAUGACAUCAUACUGAAGGCAGGUGAUCUGCUGUACUUCCCCAGAGGAACCAUUCAUCAAGCAGACACACCUGCGGGAGUGGAGCACUCCACACACCUCACUCUCAGCACAUAUCAAAUCAUGUCGUGGGGUGACUUUGUGUUGGACGUCUUCCCUGGUUUUAUGUUAAACUCUAUGAAGAAUGACAUCAGCUUACGCCGUGGUUUACCCAGAAACCUCCUUACUUCUGCACACAUGGGUUCUGAGGUAAAGAAGCAUGUCUGUACAAUUCUGAGGAAUCUAGCGGAGCAACUGGAGCAGGACGAACAGGAUCUGCGUUCCUCCGAGAUGAGGAGAGACUUCAUCUCCAACAGACUCCCACCUUACCACCUGCAAGAGGAAGACCUCGCUCCAGUUGGAAAGUUGCCAACGCUGGAGGACUUGGUGUGUGUGAGGUUCAGAGAGCAUGUUGUUCUGACAUUGGAGCCCAGUCCAGACAACACGGAUGAAGCUAUGAAGUUAGCGGCAUUUGUGCUACACUCGCUGAGGAACAAAAGGGAGACGCACAUGAUGGGGCCUCGGGAUCAUCAUGAUGAUGAUGAGGAGGAGGAUGAGGAGGAGGAUGAGGACGAGAAGACAGUACAGGGUCUGGAUUUCCCCAUGUCACACCUCCCUGCUCUGCAGCAGCUCCUGAGUGGAGAGCGACUCCGUGUGGCUGAGCUGCCACUGCAGCAGGAUGCUGAUAAACUGGGCCUGGUGCUCGGACUCUGGACAGAGGGAUUGCUGCAGGUCUACUAACUAGUCAUGUACUGAUAUUUUCACAAUAUAGAAAAUGUUUGAAAAAUAAAAAAAAACUCCUGACCUCA